GCGAAGGGGUUUUCCAAAAAUUCCCUGCCGGCCCGAAGGCCAACAGAAGCGGUCGUAGUUGUAGUUUUCAACUAGCAAAAACGCUGUCUCGGACGAAUCCUCACUGACAAGCGUCAAGCCCGAGCACUUGGAUGGUUGGGAGAAGCUGGGGCGGGGGCGCGCGAUGUUUAUAUAGGCGGAGGGAGCGGGUCUGUGCGGUGGGUCAGGUGACAUUGAUGCCUGCCCAGGUGCUGACGAGAAGGCGCGAGCGGGGCUUGGAAGCGGCGGUGAAGGCGAGAAAUUUGCUGGAAGGUGCGGGUGACUCCUCUCAGCACGAUUGGAAUCGGAUGGAAUGCUGGGCUGACCGCUUUCAACAUCUCGUGGAGGACUCUACUCUACGAGGAACUAUGAGGUCUCGCCUAAACCGGGAUUGCCUGCCGCGCCGCGCCUUCCUUCCAUACCACGAACGAGGCAAUCGCGUCGGUUUCCUCCUUGCCAUCCAGGACUGUCUGAAGGGCUUCAUCCUCCGCUUUCCUAUCUACGCCAGCUACUACUCUUAUCCCCGCAUUGUUCUGGACCAUAUCCUUCCCACCCGGUGGCACGGCUUCAUACUCGAAUCAGGAGCGCAACAAGCAUGCGUCUCCGGCUUCGCCUGUCGGGCAGACGCGUUGGACUCGGCAGCAGAAAGCUAGGACUUGUACACCCUUCUCCUCCGCCGCGAGCGCUCCGGAACCGAAUUUGAUACCACAGCAGGGCACGCGUCAGCCAACUCCGUCUGCUUAACGCGUAGGCCAUCUCGGUUACGUCGAGGGAAAUGGGGAGAGCCCUCUCGGAUCCUGGAGCUUUCCACAAUCCCCAGCAUCCAUCGCCGACGAUAUCGUG